ACACAUUGGCUCCUCCCGAAAUUUGAACUUGGCUGCUCCCAGACGAGAGAUCAUCAUCACGCCCUUCUUCUUCGCCCUUCGUCGUCCUGUAGACGCCACACACCUUCACUGCAUUUGAAUUCCCCUCGCGGCUGCACAGCUCCUUCGUCUUCUUCCUUUCGAAUCGGAAUUCAGAAUUUAGGGUUUCGCUUCUCUCCCCUCGCGUCGCGAAGAUGGAGCCUCUGUACGCUAAGCUGUACGAUAAGUACACUAAUCUCAAGGCAAAGAAAUUCAGUGCUUUGGAGGAAGUUAACAAGGAGCAAGAACUGAAGUUUAUGAAUUACAUGACUGCUGCAGAGGAGUUGAUACAGCACUUGAGAGAUGAGAAUGAAAAGUUGCAUGCAAAAAUCGAUGAAUUGGCAGCUGCUGCAGGAUCGAAUGUGGACGAGUCCAGUUUGGAAAACCAAAAGCUUUUGAUUGAAGAAAUCCAGAAGAACAAAGAACUUUCUGAAGAAGUUGCCAGACUCCGUAAGCUGCUAGACAGGGGACCCACCUUCAUCCAAGAUCAGGGGGGAAAUAAUGAUAAACAGAUGCAUACGCCUGAAGGUGCACAGCCAAAAUCAGACAUGCCUCAUGAUUCUUAUCAAUCAUCAAGAAGAAAGCGUAGGAGGCCUUCUGAGACUGAUAGAGAUACGAGUAAUGCAGCUAGGCCUCAUACUAAUGCUCAAGAGAAUUCUCAGCUUCUAGGUUUAGAGAAAGAGUUUCAUGGGGAUAUUGUGUCCUGUGGAGCCGGUCAGGAUGCUCAUCAGCCAGGGUGCUGCAUUAGAACAGAUGAAAAAUCAGGUGGUGGGGUGAGUGACAGCUCGACAUUUGAGUGCAUGUUUCAAGCUCUUAUUCAGUACAUACUUGGUAUGAAAUUUUCAAUUGGCGAUCAAACUGGAAAAUUUUGCCUUGUAGCACUCCAUGAAUCAAGUGGCUAUUCAUUCAGUCUCACUUGGGCCAACGGAGCGUCCGGAGGGGAUGUCGAGCUGAUGUAUAGCGUGCUAUCACUGGGAACCUAUGAGAGAGUGGCUCCUGAAUGGAUGAGGGAGGUCAUCAAAUUUAGCAUAGGCAUGUGCCCCGUUUUCUUCCAACGAAUUUCGCGAGUGAUUAGAUGAAUCAAUGAAGCAUACCUGUAAAUUGAAGGCGUAGGAACAAUGUUCAAGCAUCUGUUUGAGUUUAAAUUUAGUGGAAAGUAUUGGGGCAAUGAAGGCCUUUAAUGAGUUCUGUA